GUUCCAGAGGGUCUUCACGUUAAACCCUCGUCGCGAUUCAACUCAUUUGACUCGACACCGAGUACACUCGCUAGUUUUCACUCGUACGGUCACGUAUGGCAAUUAUCUCCGAUCUCCAAGAAGAGGAAGACAACAAGAAAAACUCCUCGUCGUCAGCAACGACGGUGCCGUUUAGCGCGGCCUUGGAUCCGUCGAGCCCGCUAGGGUUUCUUGAGAAUGUUUUCGACUUUCUCGCUGAUGAAAGCGACUUUCUCGAGACGGACACAGCGGCGGCACAGAUAGAGGUGGCGGUGAGGGCGGCGAAGGAAAAGAGGAGUAGGAAGAAGAAGGCGGAGGCUGCGGCACAGGAGAAGAGGAGGAAGGCGGAGAAGGCGGCGAUCGAGGUGGAGAGGGAGGAAGAGAAGAAGGUAGUGAACAAAGAGAAGGAGGAGGCGAUGGAGGUGGAGAAGUUGGAAGAGAAGAGCGGCGUUAGAGCUCCGAAUAGAGGUAACGGCCUUGACCUGGAGAAGUAUUCCUGGACGCAGACCCUGCAGGAGGUCACCGUUAAUGUCCCAGUGCCAACUGGAACUAAAGCAAGGUUUGUUGUUUGUGAUAUUAAGAAGAACCAUCUGAAAGUUGGACUCAAGGGUCUUCCCCCAAUAAUUGAUGGGGAGCUUUAUCAGCCUAUAAAGCCCGAUGAUUGUUAUUGGAGCAUAGAGGAUCAGAAUGCCAUAUCUAUUCUUUUGACCAAGCACAACCAAAUGGAGUGGUGGAAAGCGGUGGUCAAAGGAGAUCCUGAAAUCGAUACCCAGAAAGUUGAGCCUGAGUCCAGCAAACUAUCUGACCUGGAUCCAGAAACACGGCAGACUGUCGAAAAGAUGAUGUUUGAUCAGAGGCAGAAGACUAUGGGCCUCCCGACCAGUGAUGAGAUGCAGAAACAGGAGAUUCUGAAGAAAUUUAUGGCUGAGCAUCCGGAGAUGGAUUUUUCUAGGGCAAAGAUGUCUUAAAUGGGGGACUGUUUUGGUUGGUGAUGCUCUGCGCGACCUGUAAUGUACUCUAGCUUUCCCAUUCAUAUGUUGGUAGAACUUUUGGACUUCUUUUUCUUUAGUUUUUCCUCUCUUCUUGGAGGACAAGUUGUGGACUCUGGAUGAUAUUAUGAUAUUUUAAAAGAUGGAAAGUAAUGUAGUCUUUUGUUUCUUUUCGUCUAA